AUGUGGGACUUGUGGCUCGACCUCGUUGUAGAGAGUGAAAUGAUGGAAGAUGAUGAUGAUGAACCGAUGUUCUUUGGCCCACCUCGACCUCCGGCUUGGUUUCAUUGGGAGCCUGGCCACGGCGAGCCGCCAGUCUUCCCUGCUGGACUUCUACCCAUUGGUAGUGAUUUUCAGGUAGAUGACCUCCUUUGGGACGGUGCAUCCCUGAUUCUUCCUCAGGGCCCCGUCCCUGAGCCACGCGAUGUCGAUGAUACAGCAGGUCCUUUCUGGGCCCCUGCCCCAGUGACCCUCCGUCAACAUCAUUUCCUCCCCAGAGAACAACCGACACACAAUGAAGACGAACUCUUCCUGCAAACGCUAGAAGAUGACAUAGCCACAGACCCAGUCAUUGAUUCUCUGGACAAUCUCUUAUUGGAUCGCCCCCCGUGGGCUCCUGACUUCCCUCUACCUCUCCAAGCGUCGAUCCGCGAUGUGGUGGAUUUAGUCGACUCCGAACCCUCUCUUCCCCCUCCAGGCUGGCAAACUGCGCUGACUCUCCUUCGUCCCUGGUUUCACGAAGCGCCGUGGAGAUUAGAGCCCGCGACCAAUGUUCCCGGUCACAUUGUCGGACGAGAAGAGCUUGUGUUGUGGAUUGAUGAUGCUGUGGAUGUUCUGAUCAGGCGCAACAGGACACUUUUGCAGUUUAUCAACUUUGAUAUCCGUCAGCAAAUGGCUGUUGCACCAGACGCGCCUCGGCCGUGAGACACGGGUUGAGAAGCGAAGCCAAGCAGCCUGGAAUGUGGAUUGAGGAGUCCAUCAAGAUAAUGAUGACGGUCGGAAGCAGUAUUAACUGUAUGACAUCGCAACUUGGACCUGUUGUACCUGUAACUAUUACAAGUGUUAUAACAUGAGCUCUUCUCGCUUAGGACAGUUAGCCAUAGUGUUGGACCUUUAGCCAGGGUUUUGGUCAACGAGGUCCUUUACCUUGUCCUUAACUAUGUAAAGAAUGGGAACUCGAACAUCGGUACCGGAGUGUACCGAUGUGGCGGUGUUAUAGACACUUGUUUUUCUGA